AUGGCAGAUGAUUCGCUCGCAAUUUUGCCACGGAGCAUGGGCCAACAACCCUUGCAGAAAAAGAAGGCAGCUCCGAAGCGGUUCAUUCCAUCGCAGAAAGGGGCUCUCAUCACUGAGAACCCGAUGGAAGAGGAAUGCCCAUACACCUUCUCGGACAGUCCGGCAUUCCUGCGGCAGAAGAAGGCAGAGGAGGAUGCCAAGCGAGCCGCGGAGCUGGAGGGCAAGGAAGAGACCAGAGGCUUUCUGCGAAGUGUAGAAGAGCUCGCAAGAAAGCAGAAGUGGGACGAAGCGUUCCAGGUCUUAGAGAAGCGGACGGCGGUUCCCAGUGGCCUGUUCCUCGUCACCCGAGCGUUGUUGCGCUGGAAGUUUUGUCACUAUGGCUCUGCGUUAAAGGACGCUGAGGAGGCCUUGAAGAACUAUGGCAGCUCGACCAAGGCAGGGCCCCUGGCAGCGGCUUUCGCUUGUUUUGCGCGGCUGUGCUUGGGCUCGGACGUGCGCGACAAGGGAUCCUGCUCCAAAGAGAUGCGACCACUUCUGGAGUGCUGGGAGCAGGCCGAGGAAUCGGCGCUCCGCAGGCAUGCUUUGGGCCAGGGCCUCUUCAAGCCUCGGCAGCAGCAAAGACUGCAGAACAUUGGCUGUCCAGUGGAAGGUAUGGAGGCGGCAGAUGGCACGUACCCUGUUGGUGGUGGCGUGCGCCUCGGGUACAUCCUUCUGAAGAACCAGAAGGACGCGACGGCACCUGUGGUUGUCCAUUUCCACGGCAGCGGUGAGACGGCUGCAGACUACUUGCAGCCACAGCUUGCGGAGAAGUACAGGGAUCUUCCGGUGCACCUCCUUGUCACGGACUACCGUGGUUAUGGCUGGUCGUCCGGGGAGCCUUCACUUGCAACCUUCCUCAAGGAUGCAGAACCUCUGGCAGAACAUCUGCCCGAGCUCUUCGUGCAGCAUGGGCUCUCCUGGCCCUACCCAGGUGGUCUUAUCCUUUCCGGCAGGUCACUUGGUGCACAGGUUGCGGUCCACCUCGCGGCAAUGUUUCCAACGCUCUUCAGGUCCAUGAUCCUGGACUCUGCCGUUGCGUCGUCCGCCACUGGUGAUCGGCUCGGCGAAGCUCGGUUGGCCGCGCUGACGCAGUGGCACAAGGAGCUCGAGAACUCGAACCUUGAGGUGCUGCAACCGCUGGAUGCCGAACUGUGGACCCUGGGUGCACUGGACAAAGUUCGCUCCUUCAGUGGGCAGCUCCUGCUGCUCCACGGUUUAGCUGACGAGCUGGUGCCCUACGAAAGCAGCGAGAGCCUUCAUGCCGCGGCAGCGUCGCGCCAGAAGGAGGUUGUGCUGGUCAAGGAUGCUGGCCACAACAAUAUUGGCCAAUACCAAGAGUAUUGGCAUGCAAUGCGGCGCUUUGCGCUGAAGGUCCAACUGGACAGCACCUUACCGUCCGUGGCAGGAGCAGUGGAACAUCUCUGUGCAGUCUGUGCCCUGCCCGCCACUUACAAGUGCGGCCGUUGCCAGAAGGUUUGGUAUUGCUCCCGAGCUCACCAGGCAGAGCAGUGGAAGACCCACAAGAAGACUUGCAAUGGUGAAGAUCCGGCUCCCAAAGUAGCGAAGGAAGGCGCUGCCUCCCUCGUAGCCAUCGCGCGCUGCCUAGUGAGUGGAGGGCUGAGCAACCAGCAAGUCUCUCUUGGGUGCGCGUUGCCGCCGUUGCCACAAGAGUGGCUGUGUUUGGAGGAUGACCAUGACAAGCAUGAGAUGCUGGCCGUAUUCUUGGCUUCGACAUCAGUGCAGCUGGUGCACGCAGAGGAAGUGCAGUGCGAUGGUGGGGCGGCAAAAGUCUGCGAAUGCCUGCUUGGCUGCGACAUUUUCGGUGGGGAUGCCUCAGAAUGUGAUGAAGUCGACCACCUUACUGCUGUCGAUAGAGCAGUACGGGCAGCAAUGACUGAACCAGAUGACACCAACUGCGAUGGCAUGAUGUGCGUCGUGCACUGCGCCAACAAGCUGAAGUGUCUCGAUGCCGCGGUCGAAUCCCGAUGCUUGACGGUCAAACGUGCCAACCCAAAGUGCAAAGUCAAGUGCAAUCACGCGUGGAGAACAAGUGCUCCUUCAGUGCUGAUGUCGCUGGCUCUGUUGCUUGGCUUGCCAGUGCUGAACAACCAGUGA